UAAAAUCUAAUUUUUAUUUCAUUUCAAAUUGUAAAAAAAAAAACCGCAAACGGAGAUUCGUGGCGAGCACAAGUUUGCUUUAUUUGCUUCCCAUUUAGUUCUACUUCCGGGUCACAACUGGCUCAUGCUGACCAAGAGUAAAAGGAGAAUUUAUCCUCGAACUAUCUAAUUGGGUCAACAAAUGCGACGAAAGGCUUCGAUUUAAUCUCAACUUGUUGGUUGACAAGCAGAAAACAAACAUUUAUUGACGUAGGCGAGUGGCAAGAUUGGCGUAGGGAAGUUUUAUCUUGCCUCAUUUGGGCCACUUCCUGUUCUGUUCUACUUCCGAGUGACGACUGUUUGUGUUGAAAUGUUUCUUGUGCUGAGAGACUGCAAAAACACGGAGUCUGCCCUCUAAUUAUCAACCGGAGCGUUAUGACCGAGUCUCGCAAUCCAGGGAUGUCGUCCCUUGCCGCGGCCGCCCGUGUGCAACCAUCCGAGAGCCCCUGCGCCGUCGACAUUAUAGACCCGGUGGAGUACACCCUCCGGAAGCGGCUGCCGCGCAAACUCCCCAAGAGGCGAAACGACGUGUACGUCAAUAUGAAGACCGACUUCCGGGCGCAGCUCGCCCGUUGCCAGAAGCUGCUGGACGGCGGCGGCCACCGGGAGAUCUGCGUGCACGGCCUGGGCCUGGCCAUCAACCGGGCGAUCAACAUCGCGCUGCAGUUGCAGGCCAACAGCCAGGGGGCGCUGCAGCUGGCCGCCAACACCUCCACGGUUGAGCUGGUGGACGACCUGGAGCCCGAAGACCCCGACGAGGCCGCCGAGCCCAUGACGCGCACGCGAAACAACUCGGCCAUCCACAUCAAGGUUUUCUACCCCAACCCGCAGUGAGCCACCAAGAAGCCUUCUUUGGUUAUUUAUUUGGAGCACUGAACUGAUGCUUUUGCAAGCCCUGAGAGCAUUGCUUGCUUCUCACAUGCACCGUUUAUUGUUUAUUUACAUCGACCGUGCAAUUUUUCAUGUUCCAGCUCGUUGUUGCGUUAAAUGUCCACUGGGUGUCAGUAGUUGAUAAACCUCACGUAACGCCGCACUUCAGUCCAAAACAUUUCCCAGUGGUAGUCUUCAUUUGUAACCUACAAAUAAAAUCAGCGGUAAGACAAA